AUGGAUGAAAAUGUCGAAUUUUUUAAAAUCCGCUUUACCAACAAAACUUUUUUCUUCCAAACUUUUUUUGCUGACCAUCACUUUUAUAAAAAUCUUAUCUUAAAAAUACGUUACCGAUUUAUUCUCUCAUUUCAACCCUCAGUUUAUGCCCUCAAAAAGGCACAUAGGGCAAUCCCCAUAGGAAAUAGCCCCACGUCUUUCAGUAUUUUUUCCUUACGUUUUUAA